AUUUUUUAUUACAACUGAACUUAGUACCAUUAUCAUAUGCAUUGUUGGAAACUUUAUUAAAAAAGAUGUGGAAACAUCCAGUAAUGGUGAAGGGUAUCAUCAAUCGGACAUUCUCUAAGUCAAUGUAUCGUAAACGUAACAAAACCAAAUCCAGUUUGCCUUUUCAAAUGGCCUUAUAUAUAAAUCUUUGGUUAUUUCCAGUGUGGCUACUGAUUGUUAUUACAAACUUGGAUGUUAAAUAUGAUAGAUUAACAAAUAUUUAUAAAUUAAUAGGUCUAAUGGUAUUUUUAAUAUUGUUAAUAUCAGAAAUUCUAAAGUUAUAUUUGGGAUACAUUGGAAAUCUUGCUGGAAAGAUUCCAGAAUUGGCUAGUUGUUGGUUCAUUUCACUACUGAUACAACUUCCUUUGGAAAUGUUUCUUCUUCUUGACCAUGAGCUGUUACCACAGUAUAGUGAAACAAUCAUAAAUUGUGUUAUGGUUUUUCUUCUUGUUGUUGAAAUUUUUACUGGUAUAAUUGCUCUUAAAAAUUUAGCAGAUUAUCGUGCUAAAACAUUUUAUUUGAUGCAACUGUAUAAUGGAUAUACGUGUAACAAAUAUGAAUUUAAACAUAAGUAACUUUACUAUUGUUUUUUCUCCUAAUUAACUUUAAGGAUUUUAAAGUUAUUAUUAAAAUUAUAAAUUUAAUAAAAUCUAAUAAAAUUUAGUAUUUUAAAAUAUAACAAAAUUAUUAUUAUUUGGUAUUUAUCAAGAAUCCUCAAGCAGUAUUAUCAAAGUUUUAUACUAUAGCACGUUUCCGAUCAAAUGUUUGAGGUAAAUAAUAUGGUCUAUAUGUGUGUAGUUGAUACUGACACUGAUACUACGUAUGUACAUAUAUAGUAUGUAAUAUACUUACAGUGUUUCAUGUAUAGUACAUUAAAUAUGUUCUAUACUAUAUUUUCUAAAUUAUGUGUUUUGUAAAAUGACUGUAUUACCGAAACGUUGCGUCGCAAAUGGAUCAAAUAGAUUUCCAUAUCGUUAAUAACAAUACCAUUUUUGUUGUCAGCUUGUUCGUUGGCAAGUACCCGUAAAAGUUGGGAACGAGUAGGAACCAUACGCGAAAGUAGCUAUUAAAAAAAAAAGAAAAAAAGAAAAAAAGAAAAAAAAGGUUAGAGAUUUGAUUAAAUAAUUAAGAUAUUGUUUAGCGAAUUCUGUAUGAGUAGAAAGUAUAAGUAUCGCCCAUAUUUUGUCUGACUGUCAGUAUACAUAUGUAUUUAUAAAUUGUUUACUGUUUACUUCUUUCAAAUGUGAUUAGAAAAUAUUUUUAUAUUAC